AUGUCAGCCGAAGCUGCUUUGCCCCGCGGGCACAUCACCUUCCGCCUCAUGAGAGCCUCGCGCUGCUUGCACCUCUUCGCAGCACUGCUGGCGAUUCUUUCCUGUCGCUGGGGGCACCUCUUUUGUGCAGGUGGCGCAGCACGCCGGGCGCACCGAUCCAGGUCGACGAGGUCAACGCCACGAGGGGCUGAGGGCGACUCUGCGAGCUUGAGGGGUUGCGGCCUGUUGCUGCCCAUCGGCCCCUUCUGUCCCUUUCGCUCGGACUUUUGGGACGAUCCCAACCUCAAAAGCGCGGCGGAAGAGAUGGCACGGAAGCAGCGGCGUCAAGCAGAGCUCACAAGCAAGUUCCAAUUGGGGCAGGGCCUUUCUGCAGAGGAGAAGUCUGAGUUAUGCCGUUCCAUGCAAGAAUCCAGCGACUAUUGGUUCUCCAACCAGAUGCGCCUGCGCUAUGCUGAAGACUUCCAAGCCAUUGAAAACUUUAAGAUCACGGAGGUGAAGUUGGAAGGCAUGGGCUUCACCACGGAGAUGCUCGAGGCGUUGGUGAAAUGGACGCCGCAGCAGAUGUCGUGCAUGCUGGAGGGCAAGCCACCGACAGCGCCACCACCGGGGUUGGACCUGAUGAAGAUCCAGCAGGCCAGCCAAUCCUUGCCCGUCAUCAUGAGCCUCACGGACACCAAGAUCUUCCCUCCACUGGUCGCGGAAGGGAGCCCCGCACUGGAAAGUCAGCUGGUGCAAGAUGAGCUCUCAAAGCUCACGGCGGACCAUGAGAACCUGAUCCGCCUGGGCGUGAACUUCCGGCAGUUCGAUCCCCGAGGAAAGGAAGCCUUCUUAGAUCAGCUCGAGAUGAUCCAGGAGCGUUGGCGCGUUUUCAUCACACGGUUCCAGCUGAUGGGCGACUUGAACCCGGAGUUCAUUCAAACCUCACAGCAGUACUUGAUGCAAGUGGGGAUGACCAUUGAGCAGUACAACACGUUGAUGGCCAAUGUGCACCAGAGGAUGAGAGACGAAGUGCAACGGGAAGUCCUGGAGAUGGCGCUCCAUGUGCUGACCAUGAACGGCAUUCGCUUCACCGCCGACGAGAUCUCGGAGUUGGUUCAGACGGAGGAAGAGGUGAUGAUGUACGAAGUGGUGGAUCGCAUCCCCGAGAGUCUUCGGGAGGGCUUUGAGCAUCUCACUUUGGAACUCCUUGUGGUGGUGACCACUGCUUCGCGCAUGAGGACCACCGUGGAGAACAAUGAGGCGGAGCCCAUCCAGGCGGUUGAGAAGAUGGGAGUCUUGCGGGGUUUGGGGUCAUUGGGAGAGUGGUUCUUGUGA